ACGCGUCUACAUUACAGCUGCUUACAAACAGACAGAGGGCAAGCCCGUGAGGAGCUGUCUUUCAGAUAAUCAAAUUAAUUAUAACCAGCUGACAGUGAACCUGGAGCUUUUUGGAGCCUGGUUGGUUCCAGCUUUGCCCAAAACUGGCCUGAAAGACUGAAGUCCACAGUAAAUACACAGGAGACACCCCUCUGGCUGGUCCAACAUCUGUACGCAGCUAUCCAAUGACAGGCAGCGGUAACAGUCGACCGGACCAAUCAAAAGUAAGAAUCUGUCUUUUAACACGUCGCCUUCACUUUGAGGGACAACUUACUGAAGUUUGAAAGGAAAUCCUGAAGCCGACUUUUUAUUCAUCUCCUAUAACUUUCUGGAGUCGUGAUAUAAAUCUAAAGUGUCUUAUAACAAGAUGGCACCGGCUGGUAACCAGGGGAUACCAAAAUGGGAGAGAAAAAUGCGGAUUUUCUUGUGCGUUUUUGGUUUGGUGCUGUCUGUUUAUGCGCUUCACGUCGAGCUUUCCCGAGAGAGAAACCCAGAUUACAGGGCGAUGUGCGACUUGGGGGAGUCUGUGAGCUGCUCCAAGGUUUUUACCUCCAGAUGGGGACGUGGCUUUGGUUUGGUCCAGUUCUUCGUGGCCAAAGAUAGUCCUCUGAACCAGCCCAACAGUUUGCUUGGCAUCAUAUUUUACACUCUGCAGAUGGGCCUGGGAUUGUCACUGUCCAAGAAAGCAGCAUUGUUUUUGGUCCUCUCCUCCUGGGUGUCAGUGGCCGGCUCGCUCUAUCUCGCAGCUAUUCUUGCCUUUGUUCUGGGGGAUUUCUGCAUGGUCUGCGUGUCAACAUAUAUUAUCAACUUUGCAUUGUUCUUCACCAACCUCAAACGACGGAGGGCAAUUGAAGGAAUGAAGGAAAAGGCUGGAUAGAGCGUGCUAGUUUGUGAAAUUCACCACCUUCUUUUUUUUUCUGCUCAGCUGAAGCCACACUGGAUCUGAAAAGUAAAUUCUCCCACAGUAUUUUUUUUUUUUUUUUAGAGAUACAGGACUGGAUGUGCAUCUACAGAGAUUUAUAAGAUGAUUUUCAGAACACAAACCUUAUAAAGCAGCAGUGAUUUUUGUAUAUCAGUUUGCAUUUUGAUGCUAAUUACACAUUUUUCAACACGA